UUCCCAGCAUUUCAUAUCUACGGACCCGAGUGUUUUAUGACAGUUAGACAGCAAAAUAGAAAAGAAUGGCGACAACCGUGGACCCUGUCAGGGAACAAUCCCUUCAAGAUUAUCGUAAAAAGCUCUUAGAGCACAAAGAGGUCGAAUCUCGCCUGAAGGAAAUGCGCGAGCAGCUUAAAGACUUGACCAAGCAGUAUGACAAGUCAGAAAAUGAUCUCAAAGCCCUGCAAAGUGUCGGACAAAUUGUUGGAGAAGUGCUCAAGCAGUUGACGGAGGAGAAAUUCAUUGUGAAGGCAACAAAUGGUCCACGUUAUGUAGUAGGCUGUAGACGUCAGCUAGACAAAAAUAAAUUAAAAUCAGGAACGCGUGUAGCCUUGGAUAUGACUACACUUACGAUCAUGCGCUACUUGCCUCGUGAGGUUGACCCCUUGGUAUACAACAUGUCUCAUGAAGAUCCUGGUGAUGUCACUUACUCUGCUAUCGGUGGUCUGAGUGAGCAAAUCAGAGAAUUGAGAGAAGUAAUUGAACUGCCACUUCUAAAUCCCGAACUGUUCCAAAGAGUUGGAAUUACCCCGCCAAAGGGAUGCCUGCUAUAUGGACCGCCAGGAACAGGAAAGACCUUACUGGCAAGAGCCGUAGCUAGUCAGCUGGAUGCUAACUUUUUGAAAGUAGUAUCCAGUGCUAUAGUUGAUAAAUACAUCGGAGAGUCAGCUCGACUGAUUAGAGAAAUGUUCAACUACGCUCGUGAUCACCAGCCCUGCAUAAUUUUUAUGGAUGAGAUAGAUGCCAUUGGUGGACGUAGAUUCUCAGAAGGAACCAGUGCCGAUCGUGAAAUCCAAAGAACUCUUAUGGAGUUAUUGAACCAAAUGGACGGUUUCGAUUCUUUGGGUCAAGUGAAAAUGAUUAUGGCAACAAAUAGGCCCGAUACCCUAGACCCAGCUCUGCUGAGACCUGGAAGAUUGGACAGAAAAAUAGAAAUACCUCUGCCCAAUGAACAGGCGCGACUAGAAAUUCUAAAAAUUCAUGCAUGUCCGAUCGCGAAGCAUGGAGAAAUCGACUAUGAAGCAGUUGUUAAAUUAUCCGAUGGAUUUAAUGGUGCCGAUUUGAGAAAUGUGUGUACAGAGGCUGGUCUAUUUGCUAUACGUUCAGAGCGGGAGUAUGUUGUACAAGAAGACUUUAUGAAAGCUGUUCGGAAAGUAUCGGACAAUAAGAAGCUCGAGUCCAAGUUAGACUAUAAGCCAGUUUAAUAAUUUUGUCUGAUCCCAUUGGUAUUUUUUGCUAUUCAAUUAUCCAUAUCUGCUAAUUAUUGUAAGGUUGGUACUUCAACUCCCAUCUUCUGCAGCGAUAACAACACUUUUAUUACAAUAAAAAUUGUACAUGAAAAAUA